UUCAACCGUCUGCUCGGGGGUGAAAACUGUGUCCUCGUUAGCAUCAAGGUGUAUCAGAAACGUUGUACCUUCCAUCUCCUCUUUACUCUCCUCUGCCCUUGCUAUCACUUCAGGGAUUAAGAAGACAAGAUGGAGGGUAAUUUCUGGAUGACAACGAUCCUCCUGUCCUUCUGUCUUUCGGGUCAUAUGUUUACUGAACUCUCCCAACGUCCCAACUGCAAAGACAGACCUCUGUCCGUCCAGCGUGAAUCUUUCCACAGCAGAGUGUCCAUCUCCUGCCCCGACAAGACAGGAGAAGAUAUGAGAUUCCACCUCUCUUGGAACGAGACCCUCGUUCACACCACAGUGCUCAAGAUUAACCAGAUUCACACCAGAAACAACCAAUCAGACACCUGGAUCCAGUUCUACCUAGCUGAACAGAACCAGAACCACAAUCUACCCAACCGCUAUGUGUUCACGGUCAAUGGAUCAGGAAUGUAUACCUGUAGAGCGGACAAGCUGUGGCCACCCCCUUAUGAAGAGGACUAUGUUCACACUCUACUGAUUGCAGAGAAGCAGUGUCUGAAACCCCACUAUCCGCUAGCCAAUCAGAGUUGUGUGGAGGAUCCUAAACCCCUCCUUCUGUGUGUGUUAUUGGUUGGAUGUGGGGCGCUACUCUUCUACAGCACCAUCAUCACCUUCGUCGUCGUCCUCACCUGGAGGAAGCUGAAGAAGGAAAUUUCUGCUCAGAGUACAUACUUGAACAUAAAGCUAGGAGAGAAGAGAGUUCCUCAGAGAGUCCAGUAUCCAGUCACCGGAAGGUUCUGAUGCUGAUCUUCCUAAGGCUGUGCGUGCACUACUUUUGUGCACAAUAUAGGGAAUAGGCACCCUAAUCUGGGACUUGGCCGAUUGGCUCUUCAAUCAAUCUACUGACGCAUUCAAUGCAUUAUAACUUCGGGAAAAUCAGGAUCAUUAGGACAUGAUCAGAAUACAUGAUUACGUCUCAUACUGCAUCAGAACAGCGUCGUACUGCAUCAGAACAGCUUCGUACUGCAUCAGAACAGCUUCAUACUGCAUCAGAACAGGUCAUACUGCAUCAGAACAGCUUCAUACUGCAUCAGAACAGGUCAUACUGCAUCAGAACAGCUUCAUACUGCAUCAGAACAGGUCAUACUGCAUCAGAACAGCUUCAUACUGCAUCAGAACAGCGUCGUACUGCAUCAGAACAGCGUCGUACUGCAUCAGAACAGGUCAUACUGCAUCAGAACAGCUUUAUAAUGCAUUAUCAGCUUCAUACUGCAUUAGAACAGGUCAUACUGCAUCAGAACAGCUUCAUACUGCAUCAGAACAGGUCAUACUGCAUCAGAACAGCUUUAUAAUGCAUUAUCAGCUUCAUACUGCAUUAGAACAGGUCAUACUGCAUCAGAACAGCUUCAUACUGCAUCAGAACAGGUCAUACUGCAUCAGAACAGCUUCAUACUGCAUUAGAACAGGUCAUACUGCAUCAGAACAGUGUCGUACUGCAUCAGAACAGCUUCAUACUGCAUUAGAACAGGUCAUACUGCAUCAGAACAGUGUCGUACUGCAUCAGAACAGCUUCAUACUGCAUCAGAACAGCUUCAUACUGCAUCAGAACAGUGUCAUACUGCAUCAGAACAGCGUCACACUGCAUCAGAACAGCUUCAUACUGCAUCAGAACAGGUCAUACUGCAUCAGAACAGCUUUAUAAUGCAUUAUCAGCUUCAUACUGCAUUAGAACAGGUCAUACUGCAUCAGAACAGCUUCAUACUGCAUUAGAACAGUGUCAUACUGCAUCAGAACAGCUUCAUACUGCAUCAGAACAGUGUCGUACUGCAUCAGAACAGCUUCAUACUGCAUCAGAACAGGUCAUACUGCAUCAGAACAGCUUCAUACUGCAUCAGAACAGCUUCAUACUGCAUUAGAACAGGUCAUACUGCAUCAGAACAGCUUCAUACUGCAUUAGAACAGUGUCAUACUGCAUCAGAACAGCUUCAUACUGCAUUAGAACAGGUCAUACUGCAUCAGAACAGCUUCAUACUGCAUUAGAACAGUGUCAUACUGCAUCAGAACAGCUUCAUACUGCAUCAGAACAGCUUCAUACUGCAUCAGAACAGCUUCAUAUUGCAUUAGAACAGGUCAUACUGCAUCAGAACAGCUUCAUACUGCAUCAGAACAGCUUUAUAAUGCAUUAUCAGCUUCAUACUGCAUUAGAACAGGUCAUACUGCAUCAGAACAGUGUCAUACUGCAUCAGAACAGUGCCAUACUGCAUCAGAACAGCUUUAUACUGCAUCAGAACAGGUCAUACUGCAUCAGAACAGCUUCGUACUGCAUCAGAACAGCUUCAUACUGCAUCAGAACAGCUUUAUACUGCAUCAGAACAGUGUCAUACUGCAUCAGAAUAGUGUCAUACUGCAUCAGAACAGCUUUAUACUGCAUCAGAACAGUGUCAUACUGCAUCAGAAUAGUGUCAUACUGCAUCAGAACAGCUUUAUACUGCAUCAGAACAGGUCAUACUGCAUCAGAACAGCUUCGUACUGCAUCAGAACAGCUUCAUACUGCAUCAGAACAGCUUCAUACUGCAUUAGAACAGGUCAUACUGCAUCAGAACAGCUUCAUACUGCAUUAGAACAGUGUCAUACUGCAUCAGAACAGCUUCAUACUGCAUUAGAACAGGUCAUACUGCAUCAGAACAGCUUCAUACUGCAUUAGAACAGUGUCAUACUGCAUCAGAACAGCUUCAUACUGCAUCAGAACAGCUUCAUACUGCAUCAGAACAGCUUCAUAUUGCAUUAGAACAGGUCAUACUGCAUCAGAACAGCUUCAUACUGCAUCAGAACAGCUUUAUAAUGCAUUAUCAGCUUCAUACUGCAUUAGAACAGGUCAUACUGCAUCAGAACAGUGUCAUACUGCAUCAGAACAGUGUCAUACUGCAUCAGAACAGCUUUAUACUGCAUCAGAACAGGUCAUACUGCAUCAGAACAGCUUCGUACUGCAUCAGAACAGCUUCAUACUGCAUCAGAACAGCUUUAUACUGCAUCAGAACAGUGUCAUACUGCAUCAGAAUAGUGUCAUACUGCAUCAGAACAGCUUUAUACUGCAUCAGAACAGUGUCAUACUGCAUCAGAAUAGUGUCAUACUGCAUCAGAACAGCUUUAUACUGCAUCAGAACAGGUCAUACUGCAUCAGAACAGCUUCGUACUGCAUCAGAACAGCUUCGUACUGCAUCAGAACAGCUUCAUAAUACAUUAUUCCUACAGGCUCUAAGUAAAGUUGUACCAAUCAGGAUGUUUGUAUUAAACGCUACACUCUG